UCGACGUCUCUAAAAUCCAUGAAUUUAGAACUUAAAUAAUCUACAAUUAUCCCCCAAAAACACGUUAAAAUAUUAACGCCGAAGGUAUAUUCCGUUAAGAGGAUGACGGACGAAACGCUUUCCCGCCAAGAAAAUAACGGUACAAAACCUAGCGACAAUGACGGAGAAUCCAAACGUCUCUUAGCGCCCCAAGCUUCUCAACCCGACUCUUCCUCUACCUAUUGGGAAUCGCCGGCGGAGCCACGAGAUCAGAUCCUAACCGUCGAAGACGACGGCGAUUUCGUCCCGCCAUUCUCGUGGGCGAAGCUAUGGCAGUUCACUGGACCUGGAUUUCUCAUGAGCAUAGCGUUCCUAGAUCCUGGGAACAUCGAAGGGGAUCUGCAAGCGGGGGCUGUGGCGGGAUAUUAUCUGCUAUGGCUUCUUCUAUGGGCGACGCUAAUGGGUCUUCUGAUUCAGUUGCUGUCGGCGAGGAUCGGCGUCGCGACGGGCCGACAUCUGGCGGAGAUCUGUCGCGAUGAGUACCCGUCGUGGACGCGAAUCUCGCUUUGGCUCAUGGCGGAAGUCGCGCUGAUUGGCGCCGACAUUCAGGAAGUCAUCGGAAGCGCUAUCGCUCUUCAGAUCCUGACACGAGGGUUUUUGCCUCUCUGGGGUGGUGUCAUCGUUACGGCGUCGGAUUGCUUCUUGAUUUCGUAUCUGGAAAACUAUGGAAUGAGAAAGUUAGAAGCUCUCUUUGCGGUUCUCAUCUCGACAAUGGCUCUUUCAUUUGCAUGGAUGUUCAAUGAUGCGAGGCCAAGCGGGAAAGAACUCUUCAUAGGGAUUCUUCUCCCAAAACUUGGUUCGAAGACAAUCAGGCAAGCCGUUGGAGUCGUGGGAUGUGUGAUAGCGCCUCACAACGUGUUCUUGCACUCUGCUCUGGUUCAGUCCAGGAAGACUGACCCUAAGAAGAUCGGUAAAGUUCAGGAAGCUCUGAAUUACUACACCAUCGAGUCAUCUGUUGCGCUUCUGGUCUCAUUCAUGAUCAACCUGUUCAUAACGACUGUUUUCGCAAAAGGGUUUUAUGGAAGUGAACAAGCUGAUAAUAUAGGACUGGUUAAUGCCGGCCACUAUCUUGAGGAAAAGUAUGGAGGAGGGCUAUUUCCGAUCCUUUACAUAUGGGGAAUCGGGUUAUUAGCUGCUGGACAAAGUAGCACGAUAACCGGGACUUAUGCCGGCCAGUAUAUAAUGGAAGGUUUUCUUGAUCUUCAAAUGGCGCAGUGGCUAUCGGCUUUUAUCACCAGAAGCUUUGCAAUUGUGCCUACAAUGAUAGUGGCUCUUAUGUUUGAUACAUCAGAGUCUUCACUGGACGUUCUGAACGAGUGGCUUAACAUACUUCAGUCUAUGCAGAUUCCCUUUGCCAUCAUCCCUCUCCUUACCUUAGUUUCCAAGGAACAUCUCGUGGGAGUAUUCAAGAUCGGACCGGUGCUCGAGAAGCUGGCAUGGACUGUGGCAGUGCUCGUAAUUCUAAUAAACGGGUAUCUUCUGCUCGAUUUCUUCAUGGCCGAAGUCAAGGGCUUUCUUGUCGGGUUUCUUGUCUGCGCUGGAACUGGCUUCUAUGUCAGUUUCAUCAUAUAUCUUGCUUCAUACAGAAGCUCGGCGUCAUCUUCUUGGUCAAGCAUUGAACUUUCACAGAGAGUUGCCUCCACAGAGACUUGAAAGGCAAAGGGCUGAUCCCUGACAAGUCCAUCUAUCAAGCAUUAACAGAGAUCAAAGCCUGAGUUCACGAUCGCGAAUCUGGGCGAGAACUGAUGCUGUUUGGUUCUAAUGGAGGUCGGUCUUCUCCUGGAUUUGCUUGGAAGUUUUGGUUGGAGAAGGUGGAGGAAGGCGGGAAUUCAGAUAGGAGAUGGAAAAGAAAAAAUUGAAAUGGAAAGUGUAGAAGUGGGUAAGUUGUGUUGUGUUUUGUACAAUUCUGGAGAAGAAUGCAGACUUAGAUCUAUAUUCUACUUAUGAUCAUUUUUUAGGGUUUUUUAUCCAAAUAAUCCACUUGGGUCGCAUCUAUUUCAACUGUACACC